AUGGUCCUAUUUCAUAGCACAUUCCGAUCGCUCAAGAGUCGACAUCAGCCUACUGUUACACCCCAGAGCGAGGAGGAAACGCUUGAAGCGCAACCCAUUGACGACAUAGCUCAACGAUGUGGUGUUCGUCUCAUUGCCCUUGACAGGCCUGGGUUUGGGCUAUCAUCACCCAAGCCUGACUAUCGCAUCAUCGAUUGGCCUAAAGACGUCGCGGAACUCGCAAAAGCAAAGAAACUCACUGAAUUCUCUGUCUUUGGACUCUCUGGGGGCGGUCCCUUUGCUUUGGCUUGUGCCUACGUUUUGCCUAAGCGUGCACUUACAAGUGUUGGACUGUUUGCCAGUGCACCGCCUUGGGCUGCUGGUGUUCACCAUGUGGACAAGUCUCGCCGAAUUAUGAGAUUUUGCGCGAUGAAUUGUCCAAAUUUACUUGCCGUUGCCUUGAACAUGUUUAGUCGAUCUGUUCGAUGGCUUGUCUUGACCGGGCCUGCGAUAAAACGAAUUGGAAAAUGGCUCGACGCCCAAGACGCAAAAGGCAAACCCGAAACUAAAAUCACAAAGUCUCACGCUGAAAGAGUCGAGGGUCUUGUCAAUAUGCUUCUCGAUGAGCCAUUUCGUCAAGGCGCGAGCGGGACUGUCCAUGAGGCUAAAUUGCUGACUUCCAAAGACUGGGGGUUCAAGCUCGAGGAUGUUGACUAUGGCAGAGUUCAGAUUUGGCAUGGAGUCAAAGAUACUAAUGCGAAUAUCGCUAUGAUUCGGUACAUGGCUGAUCGUAUACCGAAUAGUGAGUUGACCGAGUUUGAGGAGGAUACUCAUUACACCAUGUACAAACACAUUGAGCCGGCGCUGCGCAGUCUGGUGAAUGCUGAGGAGAAGAAUGAGGGAUAG